AUGGAUGGCUACAUCCUUGCGUAUUUCCAGCUGAGUCUGGCCGAAUGGCAAUGGCCGUGCAUUACGCGUGCAUGCUGCAUCAACCGCUUCUGGACCGAGCUGGAUAAAGGGGACAUCGCGGUGCCUUUGGUUUUCACCAAGUACUCGGAUGUGGCCGACGUGCAGCACCUGGCUCAUCACCCGCAGCCCAGGGCCAAGAAGGCCGGCGGCAUCGCCAUAGAGACACAGCCGCUCCCGGCGCGCACGAGGCUGCGAAGGCCCGCCCGCGCGGUGCCGCGCGGGCAAAAGAUGGCUCUUCUGCGUCCGUCAUGCGCCAAGACUUCAAGGCGUGGAGAGUGCGCCCCGAGCCCAGUUGCAAGCCCCGGGACCAGUACCACCCCGCCGGCCCCCUUCAUCACCGAGAACCCAGUACCAGAAGGACUACAAGGCCUGGCCGAUCCCGAGGAAGCACGACCACCCUGGAUCCCCAACCCAGCCCACCUCCACCUCCACGGCUGCGCACCGGGCCGAAGCUGGAGCCCGCGGCCGCCGAGGCCGACAGCGGCGUGGAGAAGAGCGAGAUCGAGGAGAAGAUUCAGGAGAAGGAGUCCAAGGACCACGUCUGAAGAGGAGCGCGAAGAGGGACAAGUCCGCGGAGAGGAAGGCGGGCCGAGAAGACGGAGGGACAGGUGGUGUCCGCAGAGGAGAGCGCGGAGCAGAAGAAGGGCCGAGCGGCCGCGGACAGCGCUCAACAGGCACAUCAAGGAGGUCAUGUCGACUUCCAGCAGCUACAGAGGAGACCAGCCUGGAAAACCAGCUACAGCGCCACCUUCAGGGCGAGCAGGUGAAGGCUCACCCGACCGACACAAGCUGCAGGAGCGCCGGAGGAUACGCAGCCUGUACAGUGAGCCGGGCAAAGAGCCCGCCAAGGUGGAAAAACCAGUGUCACGCACCAAGCAAACCAAAAAGACCCCGACAACCACAACAGGAAAGAUGGUGAAAAAAGCCAAGGAGAAGCAGAUUUCCAGCUCCCAGACCAGCCAAGAAGAAACCCCCGUCCUCCUCCGCGGGCCGCCUCAGAACCCAAACCGGACGGCGACCGUCACGAAGAAGAACAAGGAGAUCAGCAAUAGACUGGCGGAGGCCAAACAGUAAACGCAGUUUGCCGCUCCACUGUCUUGUGCGAUCAAAGGCCACGUGGUGAAUUGGGGGAAUCUGGGU